UUUUACGUUCGCGGCAGCGACAUCGGCGCCGCCGUCCGUACCAUCAUUAAUAUUGUAAUAUUUUUCAUGUACAUAUAGUGUAUUAAUAUUUAUUUUGAACUCUAUAUCAAGGUCUACAACAAUGAUUGAAUUGUUAUCAAGGUGAUUUUAUAUGAUGCGCGUGUUAAAGACUAAAGUACUGUACAUAUCAGACCCAACGGAGACCGCGUGAUGACGAGACUAUUUUGAAAUAGCCGUAUUCAGUAUAAUAAUAUACGAGUGUACGAACGACGACGCCUAAACAAAAUCAUGUUUUACCUUUACCCUUUUAGUUUUUUCACGACCACGAGUAAUAUGUAUUAAUUCUAUUCGAUCUAUAAGUCUACGGACCCGCAAUAUCGUUUUAUAACAAUUUAUGAAAUUUACCUAUUUUUUUAUUUUUAAUACACGAUUAUGUUCUCAUCUAAAAUGUGGCCGAGUUCGUUUUUUUAUUCUGCAGUCUUAUGCAUCGCAGCCUGCACCACAGUCGCGAGGGCGGCAAAUAUAUUAGUGUUUAUGCCGUUGCCGAUCAAAAGCCAUUUUCGCGGAUAUCAGCCGCUGUUCGAAGAGUUAGCACACCGAGGACACAAUGUAACGGUAGCUAGUUCGUUCCCUCUAGAUCGUCCGAUAGCCAACUAUACGGAUAUAGGACCGUUUGUUAACAAAAAUAGAGAGAGAAAUGUAAUGGAUUUAAUACACAUGAACUUUGUAACGUCGGUCCAGGUGAAAUGGAGCCUUGGCGUAAAAUUAUCCGAAACAGUCAUGUCGAACGAAAACAUGAAAAGGUUCAUGCAACAAUCGAGUUCGAAUUCGUUCGAUUUGGUCAUGAUCGAAACGUUUUGUCAAGAGUACACUGUCGCCAUGGGCCACAAAUUUAACGCCCCUGUCAUAAAUCUGGCACCGGCAAUGCUCUGGGUCAGUGUCAGCAAAUGGCUACACGUUCCUUCCACAUUUUCAUAUAUACCGGACGUGUGUUUACAAACGGCGGGCAACAUGGGCUUCGUAGAACGAUUAAAAAACACUAUAACUGGGCUCAUGCAGUCUUAUGUUGAAAAUUACCUAUAUUUACCUAAAAUGAAAGAAGUGAUGAACACAUACUUCAAGUACGAAGGCUGGGAGUCCAGGCCUCCGCUCGAGCAUAUGUUGAACAAUGUGUCACUAACAUUGGUCAACUCAAAUUUUGCGAUUGGUGUAGCUAGACCGUAUUCUCCCGGGAUCGUUGAAGUAGGUGGAAUGCACAUAAAAAAUCCAAAGUCUUUACCCGAAAAUCUUCAAAGUUUUUUAGAUGAUGCAGAUGAAGGAGUAAUAUUUUUCAGUUUUGGUACGGUGGUCAAUUUAAAUGACUUACCUAAAGAAAAAUUGAACAUUUUUCUUAGUGUUAUUAAAAAAUUAAAACAAAAAGUAAUAAUCAAGUGGAUACCUAAUGAUAGUGUACAGCUGUCUAAAAACAUUAUGACUGGUUCAUGGUUUCCACAAAACGACAUUUUAGCACAUCCAAACGUUAGACUUUUCAUAACUCACGGAGGAUUGCAUAGCAUAGAAGAAACCGUUAGUAACGCAAUACCUAUAGUUGGAGUACCAUUUUUUGCUGACCAGUAUUUAAAUAUGAAAAUAGUUGAGCAAAAAGGGUAUGGUAAAUUAGUAAAUUUUUUUGAAAUGACUGAAGAAUCGUUUGAAAAUGCCAUCAAAGAAGUAUUGUCGAAUGUGAUGUUUAAAGAAAUGGCAAAAAUCCAGAGUCAGGUAUUCAAAGAUCAACCAAUGAAACCCUUAGAUCGAGCUGUUUAUUGGGUCGAAUAUAUUAUUCGGAAUGGCGGAGCUGAACAUCUUAAAAGUGACUCAUUAGAGUUAAAUGAUGUACAGUAUUUUUUGUUGGACAUAUCAUUGAUUUCUCUUAUAUUAACUGGACUGAUUAUUUGGUUAUGUAGUUUUGUAGUUGCACAAAUUAUAUCUAAAAAAUAAAAUACAGCAUAAUUUCUUAUUUUAAAACUUAUUUAUACAAUUUUGACUUUGUAAAUUAUUAUUAUUAAUCAAUAAAAAUAUUUUUAACAAGUAUAA